GACCAGGCCGCGGGCGGGACGGCUUGGUCUAUGAGACCCGGUCUCCGCCUUUCCCGAGCGCCGACGUGCUCAUCUUCGUCGGGGCCAAGGAAGGGGACGCCACAGCCCCGUAGGCUCCGGCCGCCUAGGUUGAUCUGCCCGCACCCUGACUCUGCUCUGGGGGUGCAGUGCGGUGUAUUCUCUCCUCCCGGGGACCCGUGGUCACACUGUCGGGCCUGACCCCUGACCCGGCCUGUGUGACAUCUGACCUUCCCGGUGGCUUUGCACCACGGGUAGUCCCCUCUUGGAGUCUGUCACUGAGACAAGAGGUUUAUCAGUAAUAUUAGUUUGCUACCAUCAUGUCUUGGUUUGCUGAUCUUGCUGGAAGGGCUGAAGAUCUUUUAAACCGAGUGGAUCAGGGGGCUGCAACAGCUCUCAGAAAGGAGAAUACCAGCAACAUCUUUUAUAGCAAAACUACUGACUAUCCUGAACUUCACCAGCAAACCACAGAUUCAACUUACCAGACUGGACAGAAAGCUAACUAUAUUUCCUCAGCUGCUGAUAACAUCCGACAUCAGAAAGCCACGAUCAUAGCUGGCACAGCGAAUGUGAAAGUGGGAUCCAGGACAGCCGGGGAUGCCUCCCAUUCCACUGAACAUGCAUCCGUCCCUAGGCCUUCGUCCCAGUUUGUUCGAAGGAAAAAAUCAGAGCCUGAUGAUGAGCUGCUAUUUGAUUUUCUUAACAGUUCCCAAAAAGAGCCCACGGGGAGAGUGGAAAUCAAGAAAGAGAAGGGCAAAGCUCCUGUCUUUCCAAGUUCUCAAUCAUCAGGUGUCAGUUCUGUCAGCACCAGUGUAACCACCAUCAAGGCCACAGAAGAAAGUUCUGGGAGCCAAAGUUCUGAAGUGAACAGUUCUGAUUCUGUGCCUGAAGUUCACAAGGAAUCCUCAGAGGAAAGCCCAGCAUCAAAUGCUACCAGCAUGGAGCACAGCUCUGCACUCAGUGAUGGUAGCAGGUCACACGAGCUGUCUAAUCUCCGACUGGAAAAUCAGUUGCUCAGGAAUGAAGUCCAGUCUUUAAAUCAGGAAAUGGCCUCAUUACUUCAGAGAUCCAAAGAAACUCAAGAAGAAUUAAAUAAGGCAAGAGUAAGAGUUGAAAAAUGGAAUGUUGACAAUUCAAAGAGUGAUCGAAUAACUCGGGAACUGCGAGCACAAGUCGAUGACCUCACUGAAGCCGUGGCUGCAAAGGACUCCCAGCUGGCUGUCCUCAAAGUGCGGCUGCAGGAGGCUGACCAGGUGCUGAGCUCCCGCACAGAAGCACUGGAAGCCUUACAGAGUGAAAAAUCACGAAUAAUGCAGGAUCACAAUGAAGGUAGUAGCCUACAGAAUCAAGCUCUGCAAACUCUUCAAGAGAGGCUGCAUGAAACGGAUGCGACUCUAAAGAGAGAGCAAGAGAGCUACAAACAAAUGCAGAGUGAGUUUGCUGCACGCCUUAACAAAAUGGAAGUGGAACGUCAGAAUUUGGCAGAAGCAGUUACUCUGGCAGAAAGGAAGUACUCCGAGGAAAAGAAGAAGGUUGAGGAGCUCCAGCAGCAAGUUAAGCUACACAGGUCGAGUGUGGAGUCGGCUAAGCAGGAGUUAGUUGACUACAAGCAGAAAGCUACAAGGAUACUCCAAUCUAAAGAAAAACUGAUCAACAGCUUAAAGGAAGGCUCGAGUUUUGAAGGCCUAGAUAGCAGCACUGCGAGCAGCAUGGAGCUGGAAGAACUUCGGCACGAGAAGGAGAUGCAGAAGGAGGAGAUCCAGAAGCUCAUGGGCCAGAUACAUCAGCUGAGAUCUGAGCUGCAGGAUAUGGAGGCUCAGCAGGUCAGUGAAGCUGAAUCAGCAAGAGAACAGUUACAAGAUCUGCAAGACCAGAUAGCUAAGCAGAAGGCAUCUAAGCAAGAGCUGGAGACAGAGCUGGACCGAAUGAAACAGGAAUUCCAUUACAUGGAGGAAGAUCUGCAUAGAACAAAGAACACACUGCAAAGCAGGGUUAAAGAUCGAGAGGAAGAAAUUCAAAAACUGAGGAAUCAGGCAGUGCAGACUGAAAGGAGGACAGCUGCAGACUGGAAAGGAGGUGCCCAGCACCUCCUCUGCCCUCUUGGAGCUGCCUCAGACAUGUCGCACAUGGCCAGCUCUGGAAAGCAAACAACCAGUGUAAGAAUUCCUGUUGAUGGGAAGCUGCCAUACCAUUGUUGUUAGUGAACAGGAGGCUUGAAUGGACCUUCUCCAAAGGGUCAGAUGAUCUUGUAAGUUGGUGCUCGGGGUCACAGGGUUAUCAGGAUGAGUCCCACUGCACUCCAAAGACAGUGGCUCAGCUUUGGGGUGAGAAGAAGCCUGUGCUGUGGGCUACUACACAGGACUGGGGAAACUGGCUCUCCCUUCAUUUUUGUUUUUAAAUUGUAGUUAGUUUGUCUGUCUGUUUGUUUGUUUGUUUGUUUGUUUUUGAGACAAGGUCUUGCUAUUUAGUCCUGGGUGACCUUGAAUGUACUGUAAUCCUUCUGCCUCAACCUCCAAGUUCUAGGCUUACAGUCAUGCACCAGCACUUCUUGCAGACAGCUGGCUGUUUCUGGUGAGGUUAUCAUCGAUUGUCCUGUGACUCUAGGUGCAUCCCACAAAAACCCUUUGAGUUUUGCAUUUAUUCAUGAACAGUCCAAACUGGAAAUAAACCAGGUGAUCCUAGAGAUGCUUGAAUAAACCAGUUGUGAGCUGGUAUAUACAGGAUCUAGAGAGAUAGCUCAGUAAUUAAGAGCACUGGCUGUUCAUCCAGAAGACCUAGGAUGCUUGAUUCCCAGCGUCUACACGGUGGCUCACAAUUAUCUGGAACUCCAGUUCCAGUGAACCCUCUUCUGGCCUGCAUGAGCACUAGGCAUGAGUAUGUUGUACAGAUAUGCAUGCAGACAAAACACCCAUACACAUGAAAUCAUAAAAUAAAAACAAAAAGAUAAACAUCUAUAGAGUAAUGUGUUAUUCUUCUAGGGAAGUUCACUCACAGGAAACUCAGGAAUAGGCAAAAGCAAACUCUGGUGCUAGAGUUGAAAGUGGGUUGUGUAUGAUGCUGGGAAUGGUCUGUUCUGUUUGAAGUCACAUGGCUAGGGGAUCAUAGAGCACUGUCUUUCAUGGGACUACACUUCACAGUGCCAUACUGUUGAACUGUGGAUUUAGAAUUGUGCUUAAGACAUUUGAACUGUGACCUGUAAACUUGACCAUGUCACUGCAUUGAUAAUACAGUAUACAGUGUGUCUUCAUAGUCACAUGUAUUCAUGAUACAAAAGCAGAGCAGAAGCCCAGCCUGAUGGGCACCUGCCUGUAACCUCUGUACUCAGGAAGCUGAGGCAGGAGAAUCAUGAAUUGGAGGUCAGCUGAGCUAUGUAGUGAGUUUAAAGCUACAAAAGGAGACCAUUUCAUAUCAGCAACAUCAACAACAAAGAAGUUAAUACACACAACAGUACUACUUGUAUACAGUGUAUUAUAUGACUUCAGGAAAUAUCCCCUUCUUUUACAUUCUCUACCUGCCAAUGUGUGGCCUACUGAUUUAGUUUAAGAAUCACUUCUAGCCAGUGAAAAAAUCAUUAUAGAGAUUUGAGGACCCAGUUCAUGUCCUUUCUAUAGCAUCCAGCUUAGAGCCUGUGUACUGAUUUAGUGAACAUUUA